CCAUCAGAUAUCACCGUUGCAGAAAUACGUUCAAUUUCAAGAGAAGCAUUGAAUAAGCCUAUCUUUGAAUACAAAGAACCAGAUCGCCUACCUCUUUACCCCGGUAACAAAAGUAAAAGUAAUGUAAGUUAGUUUUGAGUUCAAUUCGGCAGCGUGAAGGUGUUAAAUUCUGUUCAGUUAUGGUCCUGUAAGUUUGUUCUUCCACAUACACGUCGUGGAUCGGUUUUGUUUGAGCAAUUAAAGACGUUGAAGAGGAAGCUAGAUCGUAUACUCGGAACGGUAACUUCUAUUAAGCACAAAAAGUCAAGUUGUUCGCCUUGAACGUUGCCGAGACUAAGAAAAGAUAGGUGCAUGGACUCAGUUCUAACCGUACUUUCAUCUCAGGGUUUCGUAAUGAUGUGUUUUGAUACGGAUCCGUGCAAAUAUGAGGACUGACAAUGCAACAAACAUGACUUCCACGAUGAACGACAGGAUGAUAAGAGAUGUUAGGGAUAUAUGGAACUGCGAGAACUCUAGAGAAAUAGGCAAGGAAAGCCCAAGACUCUCUUCUGAUAGUCUAAACGACAGCAGGAACAAGCACAAGUACAAAACCUUGGAGAGACACCUGAGCAUGAAGAAGACCAUACGGAAGAAAAUGAUGAGGGAUCUCAGGGAGAUUGGGGACGCCACUGCCGACAACCCCCACAAUCAGAACGCGUUUCUUGAGCAGAUAAAGAACGAUCAACCACCGCCGGCUAACAUAGACAAGCCUAGCCUGUGGAAAAGACUGACCAAAGGUUGGGGUACUAGUUCGUAAUUUUUUUUUAUUUUCGUACCCAGUGAUAUUUUUGUGGGUUUCUCUCAGUGAGUGGGGCCUGUGUUGAAGGUAACUUAGUGUAGAUAUGCUAGAGUUCCGAUUUUUCUUGAUUGUGAUUUAGAGAACUUUUUCUCCUUUGUAUAGCUUUAAGUUUUUUUUUCUAUAUAGUUGAAGACGUUGUAUAUUCUACCCGUUUGUUUUCGGUUUAUGUCUUCUUUACUAUGCCACUUUUGUUUCAUGAAUAAACUCGCUUUAAAAUAAACGUUAUUAUUCGAAGAA